CUCGCCGAGCUGCGUGCCCAUGGCGUCCGGGGCUCCCGAGCCUGGCGCUGGGGUGUGCAGCCACUCUUCCUUAUCUGGCGCCCAGUUCUGCUGCGAGGACCCCGGCCGGGGCUCGGCCUGGGCCAAGGCCGCUGCGGUGGCCCAGGGCCCGGGCCCCUUCCUCCCGCGGAACGUGCUCAGCGAGAGGGAGCGCAGGAAGCGGAUCUCCUUGAGCUGUGAACGCCUGCGGGCCCUGCUCCCCCAGUUCGACGGCCGGCGGGAGGACAUGGCGUCCAUCCUGGAGAUGUCUGUGCAGUUCCUCCGGCUCGCUGGCAGCCCGGUGCCCGGCUGGGAGCAGCACGCUGUUCUUGGUUCCUCCAAGGAGAUGUGGCACAAGUGGCCGAAGGAUGUUUUGCAGCUGGCCCUGGGGAAUCAGGUCCCGGCAGGUGCAGCAGACCUUGACGUGGAAAUAGCCAGCGUGACCAUGCCACAGACUCCUCUGAGCUGUGCAGCUGCGGCUGUGGACGAGGGCCAGGCGCGGGACGGGCUGCCGGCCGUCUCUGAGCCUGCCAGCCUGCUGCCCCGGUCCCCAGGCCGGCGUCCCUGCAAGGCCCUGAGGCUGUCCCCAGUGUGGCCUCCCUGCUCGCGGCAGCCACCCUCCCCCCUGGUGAGCGAGGAGCCUCAGAGCUGCCUGGGCCAGGCUGGGCCCGCAGCGCAGGAGACUGACGUGGCCGUGACGCCGGGCGCCAGGUCCAUGUCAGACUGUGACGUAGGAGAUGGGGCGUCCUUUCUGCUGACCUCCGGUCCCGACUGGUGGUUGGGGUCCCUGGAGGGCAGAGGCACCAGUGCCACUUCUCAGAUCCCUGCCAGGAGCAGCCUGCUGGACAGGGCAGAACCGGGCUUUCUGGGAGACUCCGAGCCUGGCUCCCAGGAGCCCCCAGGCGGCCCCCUGGAGCCGUGGGGCGCAGACGUGAGCUGCCCCAGCUCGGCCUUGCGGGACGAGGUGGACGGCAUCUUUCCUGACUUCUUUGCCUACUGAGGGCCAGGGUCGUGCCGGGCCGCUGUGCCCGGGGGCCAUGGAGCAGCUUGCACCCCCCACUUAUUUUGGGUCUGGGCUGCAGCUGUGCUCUAAUUCUGGCGAGGCUGGGGGGCUGUGGGGAGCGGAGGCUGCAUAUUAAAGAGGGAAAGUGAUUUU